AUCAUGGUGACCCAAAAGUCCCAAAAGCUUUGGUAGCUUGCUGCCGUCUUUGCUUUCUGCUCAGCUAGCUCUUGACCUCUUGUGGUGCUGCCCGUUGGGCUUUGGGCUUUGGCUUUUUAGCCUCGGCCUCCGCUGCACUGCCCCCCCACCACCGUGUGCCUCCACUUCCUUCUUCGACAACGCCUCUUCACAGCCUUUGCCCUCAAAGGCUACUUCUUACUGCUCCUCUUGCACCCCAGUCACUUGCAAGCCACAAUAGCAUCGGCAAACAUUCAAGCACAGCUCACUGCACUGCAAGAGCUGAAGCAAACAGGAGCGGGAGGAGGAAGAGAUGGGAGCUGUGGCACUGCGCAACGUCGUGAGAUGCUCCGGCUCGUUCCUCGCGUUGCUGCUCUGCUUCCAGUUCCUGCACCCGUCGCAAGCCUUCAAGCUGCGCGGUCACUACGUAUACGGCGACGAGAAGGUGCCGCUGACCGUGAUCGUGCCGGACCCCACGCCGGAGCUGUCCCCGGCUCCGCUGGCCGCGCCGCCUCCGGUGUCCGGCGGCGGCGACGAUGACAUGCGGCCGAGGCUGCCGACGGAGAGGUGGCGGCGAGGGCGCGGCGAGGUGAGGCGCGCCGCGCACGCCCCGGUAGCCGGCGCCGGCGUGCGCGAAGCGCCCGCGCCGAGGACGUCGUCGGCUGGCCCCGCGCGCGCCCUAGCCCGAGCCCCUGCCGAGGCCGAGACGCCCGCGCCGGGCUUUGGGAGCGGCGCGGCGUUCAUCAGGAGCAGCCCGGCCGUGCCGGUCCCGCGCGGCGUGACGGACACAGCCACCAUCCUGCCGAUGCUCGAGCCCGGCGAAAAGCGGCAGGAGGCGGGGGCAGCCACUUCGGUUCGAGCCGCCUGUAUGGUGCCGCUGCUGAUGCUUGGGUUCACCAUGAUGGCGUCUUUUGGGCUUUAAGCUGGUUGCUGUUUAAAAGUAGUAGCAGAGAUAAAGCUUCUUCCUUUCUUUCUCUCGCUGUUUCUUUCUGUUCUAAUCCUAUGUAAACAAAGCUCAUCUUCCUUUUAUUUGCAUUGGCCACGUUCUUGUCUUCC